GACAACAGCGUCCGCGUAAUUGGACAUAGAACUCAGUAAAAUUCUCAAGGCUAUGUGAUUAAGCGCCAAAGUUGUUCCAAGAAACGCAUGAUGAAGGAGUUUUCACCUACGAAAAAGCUGAAGAAAAGACUCAAGAAAAUCCGCGAAAAAAACACCGAAAAUCACAUCGAAAGUGAGGAUGCCGCGUUGGAUAACCUAGAAGAGUCACAGCCUGGCACGAGUAUCUCAUUGUCGGGAAAAUUUGAAGAUUUACCUAUAUCAGAGCCAAUUAAGCGUGCUGUCAAGGAAAUGGGCUUCACUCAUAUGACCGAUAUCCAAGAUAAAUGUAUUCCACAGCUUCUUGAGCACAGGGACCUGAUGGCUUGUGCUAAGACUGGGAGUGGUAAAACACUAGCUUUCCUAAUACCUGUUGUGGAACUGAUGCUAAACUUGGGUCUGCAGCCUCGUAAUGGUACUGGUGCUAUAAUAAUUUCACCAACUCGUGAACUUAGUCUUCAGACUUAUGGUGUGCUAGGAGAACUCAUUCAAUUCACGAAUUUACGAAUCGGCCUUAUUAUGGGUGGAAGCAACCGACAAACAGAAGCUCAGAAUCUUGAAAAAGGUGUGACAAUUCUCGUUGCAACUCCAGGAAGGCUGCUUGAUCAUUUGUCCAACACAAAGUUCUUCCUCCGUCAUAAUCUUAAAGCCCUUGUAAUAGAUGAAGCUGAUCGUUUGUUGGAUAUAGGUUUCGAAGUGGAAAUGCGACAAAUUAUAAAACUUCUCCCGACGGUACGGCAAACAAUGCUGUUUUCUGCUACAUUGAACGAAAAGACGAAAAACCUAGCCAACGCUGCUCUAAAAGCUUCUUGUGUUAUGGUCGGAUCAGCUCCCGAUACUGAAGCAACUGUUGAGGGAUUAGAACAAGGGUAUGUCGUCUGCCCUCCUGACAGGCGUUUUUGUCUACUGUACACAUUUCUCAAGAAAAAUAAAAGUAAAAAGAUUAUGGUUUUCAUGGCUUCGUGUAUGGAAGUUAAGUUUUACUACGAGUUACUGAACUUUGUGGAUACUCCAGUCCUAGCCAUCCAUGGACGACAAAAACAAGCUAAAAGGACAAGCACCUUUCUUCAGUUUGUAAAAGCCGAAUCUGCUGUUCUUUUGUGCACUGACGUUGGAGCGCGUGGCCUAGACAUACCAAAGGUUGAUUGGAUUUUACAAUAUGAUCCACCUGAUGAUGCCAAAGAGUAUAUACAUCGAGUUGGUCGUACAGCUCGAGCAGGCAGCACGGGAAAUGCUUUACUAGUGUUGAGACCUCAUGAAUUAGAGUUCCUCUCAAUUUUACGAAAAGCUCGCGUUAAGGUUGUGGAGUAUGAAAUAGCCAAUUCAAAGAUGGCGGAUGUGCAACCUGCUUUGGAGAAGUUGGUCAAAAACAACUAUUUCCUCGCUCUUUCCGCUCAGGAAGCCUUCAAAGGUAUAGUUCGUGCUUACGCUUCGUCUGGCUUAAGCUGUUUUAAUGUAGAUGAACUAGACUUGGCCGCAACAGCAAAAACAUGUGGACUAACAAUUACUCCUAAAGUGGAUUUGAAUGUAAAAUCAAAGAGAACACGAGAAAAUCCUGGCCAAAAGCGAUAUAAACCUUUUGGUGUAUCUGAUAAAAAAGCCAAGAAAGCUAAAAUUUAUAAACGAAUAUCUUAAUUAUAUGUAAUUUUUUACGCUCUAUGUAUAUAUCACAAACAUUUUCUGAUAUAAAUAAUAUACAACUCAAGUAAAUGAAAACAAUGAGAAAUAUAUAAAUUAAAGUAAUAAA